ACUAGGGGUAGUUGAGGUCCGUCCAAAGGACAGUGGACCUGACUUGAGAUGGGAGAAUGUUACAGCACAAACUCUAUAGCCCCAAACUCUGAAAACCCAGAGAGCCACAGCAUGAAGUCUGAAAAUUCAGAGGCAGAUGUAGAACCAAACAGUAAAGUAUCGUUUUCAGCCUCUGAAAGAACAAACUCAAAACUGCUUGAGCAAGUUUACUGGCUGGAAGAAAACCUAGAAGCUGGGAAUCUUAAGGAAGCCAGUAGGGAACCAUAUGAAAAAACGGUCCUUAUGAAAGACCAGUACAUUGAGAAGCUGCAAGCUGAAGUAGAGGCUUCCCAGAAACAACUGAAAGUUCAUAAAUUAAAGCACCAAAAAAAAGUGAAAAAGCUACAAAUUGAUUUGGCAACAACAAAGCAAGAGGCUGCCAUCGCAGUGCUGGAGCUCAAUGAGAAGAUAAAGACACUCUGUGAGAGAGAGCCAGCCCCUAGAGUCAGGAAUGUUCCAUACACAACUGCGAAGUGCUGUGGAUGGCACCUGGGUCAGCAGGAGAUGCUAAUGGAACAAUGCCUUCGUGGACCUAUGUGGACACUUGACAGCAGAGGACAGGUGGAGUUGUUAUGGGCCACUUGGGUUCACACGUUCUGGUUCAUCUGCUCGCCACUGGCCAAAUCAAAGGAGGAAAAAGAAAGGAUUUAUUCAAAGGUAGCUCUGAGAAGAUAAAGCAGAUCAUUAGCCUUAAAUCAAGAGCUGUCCUUGUGUAGGUCUGUUGGGCUCUUCUAUAACAAGGAACCUUGUAGGAGGAAAAUACAA